AUGCACUCUGCCACACUCGCUCUCGGCCUCUCAGCUUUUGUCGCAGUCGCCACGGCCUUGCGUAUUGUCAGUGAUAAUCCAGCAUUCCCAGCUGCCGGCAGGCAAGGAUGCAUUACUGCGUCUUCCAACACCACCGGUGCAGCGGUCGUCAUUCAAGACUGCACGAAUCUAGUAGAGCAAGACUGGACGUUCGUGGAGAAUUCUGCACCUCAGCAACUCAGGGUUCUCGGUGACAAGUGCGUGGAUGUAAUUGACGGCAACAACGCUGACGGUGCCAAACUCCAAAUCUGGACCUGUGUCGCUGGAAACACGAACCAGCUUUUCAUCCCCGUCGCUAGUUCUACCUACCAAUGGGCAGGAACGAACAAAUGUAUUGACCUCACCGACGGUAACAUCAACAACGGAAAUCAGCUACAAGUCUGGACCUGCGACCCGAACAACUCCAAUCAGAGGUGGACUGCCAGUUCCAGUUCCCCUCCUCCGCCAGUGGAGCUAGUCCGAUUUCAAUUGGCAACCGUAGCACCUCAAUCUUCCUUAUGCAUAGGAGGAGCAUCUUCCGAUGUCGACGGUACGACAGUUACGCUCGCCUCGUGUGGUGACUUAAACACUGUCAACUGGAUCCUUCCCCCUAUGGGAGCCAACCAUAACACAUUCACCGGUCAGAUCAAGUCGACCGACGGGAAAAAAUGUCUCGACGUCCGUGACGGAAACCCAACCAACGGAGGUUUAGUCCAAAUUUGGUCAUGCACGGAUGGGAACACGAAUCAAUUAUGGCAAAUUUCUAAGCCAGAGGAUUUGUCGGUGGUUACGAUUUCUUGGGUUGGACAGAACAAGUGUGUGGAUGUUAAAGAUGGGGUUUAUGCGCCUGGUACCGCUCUUCAAAUGUGGGACUGCGACUCCAAUUCCCCCAACCCGAGUAAUCUCAACCAGUUGUGGAACCCUCUCUUCGCGUAG